CCCCCCCGGCCCCGGCCCCCCACCCCUCCCCGCCAUGGCCUUCUCCCAGUUGGGCUACCAGUACAUCCGCCCUCUCUACCCGACGGACGGCCAAGGGAGCAGCGGCGGCGGCGGCGGCAGCUCCCGCACCGGAGCCGAGCUCAGCCCGGCCGGCUCGCUCUGCGGCGUCUUAUCUUCCAUGUACGGCGCGCCUUACGCGGCGGCCGCGGCUGCUCAGGGCUACGGGGCCUUCCUGCCUUACGCGGCCGAGCUUCCCAUCUUCCCGCAGCUGGGCACCCAGUAUGAGCUGAAGGACAGUCCCGGCGUCCAAGGGCCGGCCUUCCCGCCCCCUCACCCGGCUUUCUACCCCUACGGCCAGUACCAGUUCGGCGACCCCUCCCGGCCCAAGAACGCCACCCGCGAGAGCACCAGCACGCUGAAGGCCUGGCUGAGCGAGCACCGCAAGAACCCCUACCCGACCAAGGGCGAGAAGAUCAUGCUGGCCAUCAUCACCAAGAUGACCCUCACCCAGGUCUCCACCUGGUUCGCCAACGCCCGCCGCCGCCUCAAGAAGGAGAACAAGAUGACCUGGGCGCCCCGCAGCCGCAGCGAGGACGAGGAAGGCACGGCCGACGGCAGCGAGGACGGCGAGGCGGACAAGCGCGACCCGGACGACGAGGAGAUCGACCUGGAGAAUAGCGACGCCGAACCUUGCGAGGGUGGGGCCGCCACCGCCCGGGAUGGAGCCGGCGCCCAAGCCGGGCAGCUGCUCCUGCACGUCGGGGAGGACGAGCGGGCCGACCAGGAGGGCGGCCAGCCCGCGGCGGGGGGGCCGUUGCGCCUGCCUUCCCCCCUGGAGCCCCGCGGGGGCAGCGACACGUCGGAAGACGAGGAGGAGGAGGAGGAGGAGGAAGAGGACGAGGCGGAGAGUUCCGACGGCUUGGAGGAGCUGGCCGGCGCUCAGCAGCGCUUCCUGAAGGCGGUGGAAGCGCGGCGGCGCGCCUCGACGGGACCCCCGGGCUCCCCGCCGCCUCUCCGCAGCCCCAGCCCGGCUCCGCAGCCCGUCCAGCCGGCCAAGCCCAAGAUCUGGUCCUUGGCAGAGACGGCCACCAGCCCGGAUAACCCCUCGCGCAAAUCGCCCCCUGGCGGAGGAGGAGCAAGAGGAGGGGGGUCCCCCCCGGCUGGCCCCCCGUGCCUUCCUCUGGGCUCGAACCCGCAGCCCACCCCGGGCGCCGCCGCCGCGCACAGACUGGUCCCCUCCGCCUGCCCGCUGGGCAAGUUCGCCGGCUGGUCGGGCCGGCCCUUCUCGGCCGCCCCCCCGCACGCCUCCCACCCGCUGACCUUGCUGAACACUCCCCACCUCUUGGGACUGGCGGGGGGCAACGCCAACACGGCGCCCGCGGCGGCGGCGGCGGCAGCGGCUCUGGCGGCUUUUUCCAGACAGGCGGACCAGGCGCCGAGCGCGGAAGCCUCCGGAACAGAUCGAUCUAGUGCCUUGGAUGUAGAGAAAAAGUUAAUAAAGACCGCUUUCCAGCCAGUUCAGAGGCGGCCACAGAACCAACUCGAUGCUGCUAUGGUUUUAUCGGCGUUGUCAUCAUCAUAGUUAAUUUUUUUUUAAUUAUUGUUCUAAUGGUUGUAAAAUAAAAUUAUCUGUAUAGUUACAGCUUGUACGCAUGUCUGUGUAUUAAAUGAAACAAACAAACGAGGGUGUUUGUGUGUGUGUGUGAGUGAGAGGGGGGGGGGCAGGAAUCCACUUCUGUCCAAUCAUCUGGAUUAGCUGAAUUCGUGAACUAUUUUUAUUUGGUGAAACCUGGUGAGAAAUAAAAGACCUUCCUCGGGUUUUUUUUGUUUUUGUUUUUGUAUAUAGAGUAAAAAGCGCGCGUCAGCGCUGCACACACGCGCAAAUGUACAUAACUGCGAAACCAAACUGUACAAGAAAGUAUAUAUUUUUGGCUAAUAAACUGUUGCCACUUUGA